UGCACGGCGUCGUGGGUGGAGAGCUUUGCGAUCCCGGUGCGACCCGGCGAGACCCCCCCCCCCCACCCGCUGCUUCGGCCACCAUGCCGCGCUCUUUCCUCGUCAGGAAGUCUGCCGGCUCCCGCCGGAGACCCAAUUACAGUGAGCUGCACGACUCUUCUCCAGAGCUCACUUUCCAGCAGCCCUACGACCAGGCCCACCUGCUGGCAGCCAUCCCACCGCCCGAGGUCCUCAAUCCCACCGCCUCCUUGCCGACACUCAUCUGGGACUCUCUCUUGGCGCCCCAAGCCCAGCCCAUCAGUUGGGCUUCUCUGCUGCCCCAGGAGAUCCCCAAGGCUGGCGAGCUGACCUCCCUGUCCGACGAGGACAGCGGGAAAGGCUCCCAGCCCCCCAGCCCACCCUCGCCGGCUCCUUCGUCCUUCUCGUCCACUUCAGCCUCCUCCUUGGAGGCUGAGGGCUAUGCUGCCUUCCCAGGCUUGGGCCAGUUGCCCAAGCAGCUGACCGGGCUCUCUGUGGCCAAGGACCCCCAGUCUCGCAAGGCCUUCAACUGCAAAUACUGCAACAAGGAGUACGUCAGCCUGGGUGCCCUCAAGAUGCACAUCCGGAGCCACACGCUGCCCUGCGUCUGUAGCACCUGCGGGAAGGCCUUCUCCAGGCCCUGGCUGCUGCAGGGCCACGUCCGGACCCACACCGGCGAGAAGCCCUUCUCGUGCCCCCACUGCAGCCGCGCCUUUGCCGACCGCUCCAACCUUCGGGCCCACCUCCAGACCCACUCGGAUGUCAAGAAAUACCAGUGCAAGACAUGCUCCAGAACCUUCUCCCGAAUGUCCCUGCUCCACAAGCACCAAGAGUCGGGCUGCUCAGGGGGGCCACGCUGACUCUCAAGGCUCCUUCCGCCCCUCUGGGCCCUCCCUGCAGCCCGGGGUGGCCUCCCCCAGCUCCAGAAGGAAGUACCCUGCCUCCUGGUCACUGCCACAGCAUCCCCUCCUGAGCUCCACCGUCCAGGUGGACCCUGGGGACCAUUUCCUGAUCUUCUGGAUGCCCUGCCAGGCUUGGGGGGGUGGGGGGGGUGGCUUGCCGCAGGGACCCUCCUGGCAGCCGCUGCUCCCAGCAUCCGUGGAGCUGGCCUUUCUGCGCAGCUCUGUGACUCCAGAGCUGUUGGGGUGCAGCUGCUUGGAGCUCGGGGACAAGAGCCGGCAGACUGAGACGUUCCUGCCCCCCAGGGAACCCCAGGCCGCCCCUCCAGGAGGUGCGCCUCACUAUGCAAGCGGCCACCCCCAGGUGCCCCGCGGCAGUGGCCCCUGAUGCCAGGACUGCGUCUGCACCCCAGGAUGCCCCCGGGCCCAGGCAGCUAUUUCAGCCUCCUGUGUGUCAUGGUGGCACCUGUUUCAUGGGCAAUUUAACGAUGUCUCCAAAGGGACUGUGAAUAAUUGCCUUCCCUUGUCGGGGGCCCGAGUGGGGCACUCCGGCCCCACCACUGUGUCUCCCAGAACUAUUUUCGGGGCCCAACAGGUGGGCCCGGGAGGAAGAUGUUUACAAUUUUUUUAAGGUACACUGGUAUUUAUAUCGCAAGCGACAUUUUGUACUAAGGAAACGUUUUGUAUAGUUAUAUGUACGGUUUAUUGAUAUUCAAUAAAGUGGUUAAUUUAUAUA